CCCGCUGCCGCCGCCGCCGCCGCCGCCAUUGACAGCGCGCCGCCGCGAUGCCGAGCGGCAGCUCCGCGGCCCUGGCCCUGGCGGCGGCCCCGGCCCCCCUGCCGCAGCCGCCUCCGCUGCCGCCGCCCGCGGGAGGCCCGGAGCUCGAGGGGGACGGGCUGCUGCUGAGGGAACGCCUGGCCGCGCUAGGCCUCGACGACCCCAGCCCGGCGGAGCCCGGCGCCCCGGCGCUCCGGGCCGCGGCGGCGGCGGCGGCGGCGCAGUGCCAGGCCCGGCGGGCGGCCGGGCUGGCUGCGGAGGAACCCUCUCCGCCCGGCCGACCGGCGCCCUCCGAGACGGCGGAGCUGGAGCUGGAGGAGGACGAGGAGGAGGGGGAGGAAGCGGAGCUGGACGGAGACCUGCUGGAGGAGGAGGAGGAGGAGCUGGAGGAGGCUGAGGAGGAGGACCGGCCGUCGCUGCUGCUGCUGUCGCCGCCCGCGGCCACCGCCUCCCAGACCCAGCCGAUCCCGGGCGGGCCCCUGGGGUCGGUGCUGUUGCCCACCGCCGGCUUCGAUGCCCGGGAGGCGGCGGCCGCGGCGGCGGCGGCGGCGGCGGCGGCGGGGGUGCUGUACGGAGGGGACGAUGCCCAGGGCAUGAUGGCGGCGAUGCUGUCCCACGCCUACGGCCCCGGCCCCGGCGGAGGGGCGGCCGCCGCCGCCGCUCUGAACGGCGAGCAAGCGGCCCUGCUGAGGAGGAAGAGCGUCAACACCACCGAGUGCGUUCCCGUGCCCAGUUCCGAGCAUGUCGCCGAGAUUGUCGGACGCCAGGGUUGUAAAAUUAAAGCACUGAGAGCCAAGACAAACACGUAUAUCAAGACACCUGUUCGUGGUGAAGAGCCCAUUUUUGUUGUCACUGGACGGAAAGAAGAUGUUGCCAUGGCCAAAAGAGAAAUCCUCUCGGCUGCAGAGCACUUCUCUAUGAUUCGUGCAUCUCGAAACAAAAAUGGCCCUGCGCUGGGAGGGUUAUCCUGUAGUCCUAAUCUGCCUGGUCAAACCACGGUCCAAGUCAGGGUCCCCUAUCGUGUGGUAGGGCUAGUAGUUGGACCAAAAGGAGCAACAAUUAAGAGAAUUCAGCAGCAGACCCAUACGUACAUAGUAACUCCAAGCAGAGAUAAGGAGCCGGUCUUUGAAGUGACAGGGAUGCCCGAAAAUGUUGAUCGAGCGCGGGAAGAAAUAGAAAUGCAUAUCGCCAUGCGCACAGGAAACUACAUAGAGCUCAAUGAAGAAAAUGAUUUCCAUUAUAACGGUACCGACGUGAGCUUUGAAGGUGGCACUCUUGGCUCUGCAUGGCUCUCUUCCAAUCCAGUUCCUCCUAGCCGUGCAAGAAUGAUGUCCAACUAUCGAAAUGACAGUUCUAGUUCUCUAGGAAGUGGUUCCACUGAUUCUUAUUUUGGAAGCAAUAGGCUGGCUGACUUUAGUCCAACAAGCCCAUUUAGCACAGGAAACUUUUGGUUUGGAGAUACACUACCAUCUGUAGGCUCAGAAGAUCUUGCAGUAGACUCUCCUGCCUUUGACUCUUUACCAACAUCUGCUCAAACUAUCUGGACUCCCUUUGAACCAGUUAACCCACUCUCUGGCUUUGGGAGUGAUCCUUCUGGUAACAUGAAGACUCAGCGUAGAGGAAGUCAGCCAUCAACUCCUCGUCUGUCUCCUACAUUUCCUGAGAGCAUAGAACACCCACUUGCUCGGAGGGUUAGGAGCGACCCACCCAGUACAGGCAACCAUGUUGGCCUUCCAAUCUACAUCCCUGCUUUUUCUAAUGGUACCAAUAGUUACUCCUCUUCCAAUGGUGGUUCCACCUCUAGCUCACCUCCAGAAUCAAGAAGAAAGCACGACUGUGUGAUUUGCUUUGAAAAUGAAGUUAUUGCUGCCCUAGUUCCAUGUGGCCACAACCUCUUCUGCAUGGAAUGUGCCAACAAGAUCUGUGAAAAGAGACCGCCAUCAUGUCCAGUUUGCCAGACAGCUGUUACUCAGGCAAUCCAAAUUCACUCUUAACUAUAUAUAUAUACAUAAAUACUAUAGCUCUAUAUGGACUCGUAAAGGCAUGGGUGUAAUGGGACCCCCAGUAAACUUCCUAAUGAAUUCUUAUGACUGUUAGCAGGCUUUAUUGGGAUUAGGCUAAAGUUGUUAGUACACUUAUAAAAGGCUGCUAUGGUCACACUAAACCUAAGUGGUCUCUUGUCUAUUAGUUUGGUUUGGAUUAUUAAUACUAUCUUGUAGACUAUGAGACAUAGCUUGUAUAAGAGUUGUUAAAGCUGAAGUUCUGCUUGGCUGUGUAAGCUAUGAGCGAAAUGUGUACACCUGAGAUUGUAGUCAGUGGGCCCCAAAGCCUCGCACAUUAAGAGUUUAUGGAGGUGCCUGGCUUUACAGACGACUGACUUUCCAGUGCUGCCUUCUUUACACUGCCAGUUUUGUCACAACAGGUUUGUUUUUUAUUUCACAACAACUUCUGCCUAAUUCUGCAGGAUUGCAAGUAACUUUUUAAAGCAUUGUGGUUACUUAUUAGUAAUAAUAGGGAUGAUGGCAGUUUACUAGAUCACUGGUUAUAACUUGGGACAAAAACUGCUACAUUGACUUCAUCUCACCCAGAGUGCUCAAGGCUGGUGUAUUCAGUGGAUCAGGAAUACAAUUGUCUUUGAUUGUGAAUUCCUACCCAUUGCCUUCCUUGGUGAAUGUGGAAAUAGCCGCCUGAGUUUUCCCAUUUCAGGAUGGGCUUUUGGAUGCACCUAUAUUGGCUGAAAAAUUUGAGAAUGAGAACAUUCCAUUCAUUAGUCUGAUCAAGCUAUUAAUAUUUAGACAGUAGAUCAAAAUGAGAAACAUUUUAUGUUCAAUCCAUAUUGUCUUGCACAUUAUAAAUAUAUUUUUAUUUUUUAGUAAUGUAGGGGAUGGGGAGAGAGAUAAUAAUGCCCUUGGCAUAAUUCAUGAAAGCAGCUGUGACAACCUCCAAUCAGUUUACUUCAUUUCAAACCUAUUUCCAAUCACAAAGAAAGAUUUCUUUUAAACACACUUGUACAUUUCAGCUGUGGAUGUUUUAACUUCAUCCUUAGUAUGUCCCCAGAUUUG